AUGGCUCGCAAUGUCGACCCUUACCUAACCGGACCGGAUUUGGUGGUCUCUAAGAACCUCCUCCAGGAUUUGCAAGCAUUGGCAACNCCCGCAGGCCAGGACCCAGCAGACGAUGCAAAGGACAUCAAGCACCUACUUGCAAUAAAUGACCCAAAAAGCCCAGACUUUGUGCCAACUGUCUUCACAACAUGGGACGACAAAGAUCUCAAUCCCACCAUUGACAAGUAUCUGGUCAAGCCUUACACCAAAAUUGCCAUGAGAAUCGUGCGCCACCCGACUGAUGUUGUUUUCCUGACACAUAUCAUCCUGUACAUGACGAUCAAUUUGGCAAGCGCCGCUUACCUCUACUAUGACUUCCAUUGGUAUCAUGGUGUGAUCCACACCGUGUAUACUGUUUGGUGCGCCGGUGCUUUUACUCUGCUCAUGCACAAUCAUAUCCACAACGGAGGUGUUCUGAAGAAGGAAUAUGCAUGGUUCGAUCUUAGCUUUCCUUACCUACUGGAGCCGCUGAUGGGUCACACUUGGGACUCUUACUACUACCACCAUGUCAAGCACCACCACGUCGAGGGCAACGGACCGGACGACCUCUCCUCGACAAUUCGUUACCAGCGCGACUCGCCCUUUGACUUUGCAUGCUAUGUUGGACGCUUCCUCCUNUUUAUCUGGGCCGAGCUACCUUUGUACUUCCUCCGUAAGGGCAAGUCAAGACUGGCACUCCAGUCUUGUGUGUCGGAGAUGGCCAACUACGCCUUUUUCUACUUCAUGGCAACCAGAGUCCACUUCGGUGCCUCCAUGUUUGUCCUUCUACUUCCUUUUGGUAUCAUGCGCCUUGGACUCAUGAUCGGAAACUGGGGCCAGCAUGCUCUUGUCGAUGAAGUGGACCCCGACUCGGAUUUCAGAAGCAGCAUCACCCUUAUCGAUGUUCCCAGCAACCGCUUCUGCUUCAACGACGGCUAUCACACUGCUCACCAUCUCAACCCUCGCCGCCACUGGAGAGACGCGCCGGUGCACUUCCUCCAAAGUAAGGAAGCAUACAGCAACGGUCGCGCGCUCGUCUUCCACAAUAUUGAUUACAUGAUGUUGACCAUCAGAGUGCUCAAGAAGCAAUAUCUCUACCUAGCCGAAAACUGCUUGAUUCCAAUUGGUGAUCAGACCAAGAUGUCGAAACAAGAGCUUGCGGAUAUGUUGCGCACAAAGACAAAGGCAUUCACCGAGGAAGACAUCAGGCAGAAGUUUGGUAUCAAGGCUAGAUCGGGCAGAAAGAGCGGAUGGAUGAGUUGGACAGAGAAAGUUAUUGGCGGCCUAUCUGGCUCAGUCUCAGCUCCUAUGGUCAAGGAGGCAACUGAGUAG